ACGUAUAUACAUUAGUAUUGUAUGUAGAAACAAUUCAUCAUCAUUUUGUAAACAAGGUAGUUUUGUAGAUUCUAAAUGGAAUCAAUAAUAACAAGGCUGAUUUCCACGCUGUAGUGUCCGUGGUAGAAGUUCAAUAUUCUACGUUUGUAAACACGUAUGUGUCGUCGACAAAAAAAACACAUAUGUGUCUUAUUGGUUAAUUUUUUUCAUAUGUAAACCAUGGGUUUUAAUUAAUCAAUCUAAUAGCGUUUUGUUUUAAUUAACAAAAAAAAAAAAAUACCGGUUUUGGAUUGUAGCUGUUAUUAUAUUUUUUUCUUACAAAAUAUUUGGUCCAUUAGCUUAUAAGAACGAACUCAUCAUUGCUUAGAAUUGUAUAUUCAGCUCAUAAUUAGCCAAAAAGGUUUACCCUACCAUAAAUGAUAAAUCCAGUUUUGUGAGUUUUUUUUCUUUUGAUAUUUGUAUAUGUAUGUGUCCCGAUUAUAUAUUGCAAUAUGUAUAACGAUGUAGACAUGCUAUAUAAGUCUAAUAUACGACUAUCCCUCGUGCGGUCUUAUUGAAAAGAAUAUAUAUAACUUUAAUAUAUUCACCUUUGAAAAAGGUUUAUAUUCUCGUUUCAUCUCAUUAUCUUCGAAAUUAUUUUAAAUUUUAUUACAAUUCUUAAAUACUUUUAUAAAUUCAAAUCGAGCAAAAAAUCAUUUAAAAGUAUAAUAAAUAUGGUUUUAAUUAAAUACUAGUAGAUAUUUAAUACCUUAAUUAAAUUAUAUAGAACUUUAAGAUAUGUAUUUCAGAAGAUUUAAUCGUUUAUAUGAGAAAUUGAAAAAGCUCAUAUAUAUUUAACAUUGUAAGAAUCAGUGCAUAUAUAUACUAAAUACACCAACCUAUUUUAUGUAUGUGUAUUUAGCUAACUCGUAUAGGAUCUCCUCCCACAUGUUAAAACUUACCUUUUCCAAAAAAAAAAUCAAUAUAUGAAUAUAUUUUGAGUAUACAGAUUCUUAUAAUUUUAAACUUAUUGUAUAAUUAAUAUGUAAAGUAAUUUUGAGACAGACAUGAAUUACUUCAUGUAUACGUAUAGCAUUCAUUUUAUAUUAAAAGUAAUCCAAAGGUAUUCAAGCUGAGAGGUCUAAACAAAACAAUUGAAAAGAUAGCGACAGUAUCUUUUCACAAAGGAACGUCUGCGUACUAGUCUCAACCUUUAUCCUCACUUAGUAACGAUAAAACAAUAUUAUAUUUAUAACCAAAUUCGAAUUUAUUUAAUUCACAAACAAAAUAAAAAGAAGACGAGAGAAAGAGCAAAAAGCCGUCAUCUGAUCUCUUCAAAAACGCAUCGUAUUCUCUCACAUUUUUGCAUCACAUUCGUUUCCUUGAAUCCCUCUGUUAGAGAGAGAGAGAGAGAGAAAAAAAAGAGAGUAAUAGAGAGAGAAUGUUCCAUGCUAAGAAACCUUCAAGUAUGAAUGGUUCAUAUGAGAACAGAGCUAUGUGCGUUCAAGGCGAUUCAGGCCUCGUCCUCACCACUGACCCUAAACCGCGUUUGCGUUGGACCGUCGAACUCCACGAGCGUUUCGUUGAUGCCGUCGCUCAGCUCGGCGGCCCGGACAAAGCGACACCAAAGACGAUUAUGAGAGUUAUGGGUGUGAAGGGUCUUACUCUUUACCACCUUAAGAGCCAUCUUCAGAAAUUUAGGCUUGGAAAGCAGCCGCACAAGGAGUACGGAGAUCAUUCCACAAAGGAAGGUUCAAGAGCUUCUGCCAUGGAUAUUCAGCGCAACGUAGCUUCUUCUUCUGGCAUGAUGAGUCGCAACAUGAAUGAGAUGCAAAUGGAAGUACAGAGAAGGUUGCAUGAACAGCUGGAGAGACAUUUGCAGUUGAGGAUUGAAGCACAAGGAAAGUACAUGCAGUCUAUAUUGGAGAGAGCUUGCCAAACCCUAGCCGGUGAGAACAUGGCAGCCGCCUCCGGCGGAGGGUUCAAGGGCAAUUUGGGAAGCUCGAGUCUUUCCGCAGCUAUGGGUCCACAUCCUCUUAGUUUCCCGCCAUUUCAGGACCUAAACAUCUAUGGAAACACAACCGAUCAAGUCCUCGACCAUCAUAACUUCCAUAAUCAGAACAUAGAGAAUCAUUACACGGCCAACAAUGCUGCAGACACCAACAUUUACUUGGGGAAGAAGCGACCAAACCCUAGUUUUGGUAACGAUAUAAGGAAAGAACUCUUAAUGUGGUCUAAUCAAGAUCAUGAACCGAUCGAUGAUGAGCAUCGGAUUCAGAUACAAAUGGCUACACAUGUCUCCACGGAUUUGGAUUCUUUGUCAGAAAUUUACGAUAGGAAACCGGGUUUAUCAGGUGAUGAAGGAAACGAUUGUGGGAAAUUAUUGGAAAGGUCAUCGCCUCGAAGAUCACCAUUGAGCCCUAUGAUGAACCCUAAUGCUGGGUUAGUACAAGGAAGGAACUCACCAUUUGAGUGAUACAAUAAUUUAUUAUAAUAUAUGUGAUGCAUGAGAACGUGAGAACAAGAUAUAUUUUGUUCAUUAUGAGCUUGACUUAGGGUUUAGAUAUGAGACAAACAAAAAAAAUUACAAAGAUUGUUAUGUUUACUGGAUCAAUUUUGCUCGUGUUCAAUUUGUACUGAAACUAUAUAAAUCAUUGUUAUUGCUAUAAUAUUUAGGAUAUUAUGUACUUGUUCAUUUGUUCAGUACUAUGAUUUCUUUUUUGGUAAUCCAAAAUUUAUUUGUCGUGUU